GAAUAGUGCAAAUGCUCGCAAAACUCGUCGUACCUGUGACUCAGUCGCACUCUCUUGCUCUUGCACUCUUUUACUCGCGCUCUAAUUGGCAAAAUCUCGAUAGUCACAAUUAUCGAUAAUAAGUAUCGCAGCAAUAUCAGUUUUAGUGUCAAACAAUUUGGGAAUUAAAACCAAAAAUAUGACAACAAAAAUGCGUUAAGGCGCUCGCGACAACGAACCAGCGACCAGCAAGCAUGAAACAGUUAAAGACAACUAGACGAAGCAAGCUGAAAAAUUCAUUCAAAGAGCAGUGCCCAAGUGGCAAAAGCAACGCCAACAACAACAACAAAAACCAGACAAAUCACUGUGUGUGCGAGAGUGUGCAAAAGAAAACGAAGAAGCGACGCAACGCGACGCGACUAACUGGCGAAAGAGCGGCGAGAAAACAAAAGCACAUACACACACACACACGCAAGACUCGAAAGCCCAAAGACAGGCAGCAGCGUGUAGAAAUGAGUAAAAACCGUACAAUAAUCAAAAAAUUGAGCGCGCCAGGAAAAGGCACAGGCAGCAAAGCAGAAGCAGAGAGGGGGAGAGCGACAGCAAAACGUCAACGUCGCCGCAUACCGCAAUAUUCGCGCACUCGCCGCCGUCCCGCACACUGUUGCAAUUGUCAAUCAAAAGUAAGCACAGGGUCGCCUGACGCUGCCGCCGUUGCCGUCGCCGCCGCCGUAACCGUCGCCGCCGCCGUUGCUGUUGAGAAAAUGAUCAAAUCAAGCAAAAACGUAGCCCCCAACAACAACAAAAACAGGUGACGUGAAGUGGGGGAACACAACACGACGGCUGUCGCCAGCCUGUACCCGCGCUAUUGUUGAUUACGUACACACAAACACACACCCAUGAAAACAUGCAUAAACACGCGCACGCACACACUCACAAACCCCCAGCAAUAAAUGUGUACAUAUGCGAAUUUUUGCUGACUAAGGAAGGUCUGGGGAGCACCAGCAGCAGCACCAGCAGCAGCAGCAACGAUAACAACAAAAGCAUUUAAAACGUAGAAGCACAGCACAAAACGUAGCAGUGAAAAAAAAAGUGAUAAUAAAAUAAUAAUUGCUACACACGCAUACAUUUGUAUGUACAUGUGUAUGUAUGUGCGAUGUGAUGCGAUCGGCCGAGAGCAGGAGCGCCAAAUGGCUAGAGUUGCCGCAGCUGUCUACACACGAACGAAAGAGGCUCUUCUCUUUGCACGCCAAGCCAUUACACACGAGUGGAGCACGAGCAACCAUGUGGCGACGUAUGCAUCACUUAAUGUUGUGCCUGAUAAAUGGAACUACAAAACCAGGCAACGGACAGACAAUCCAAUCCCUCGAAUCUCAACAGCGCCAGUUGGGGCGAGGCGGGGGCCGCUCUUCGGGCUGUAAAUUAAACGCCAAAGUCAAUACUUAAUUGCUUUGCUCUGGCCGUAAACAUUAUUGUUUAUGUACGUGCGAGUGUGAGUGUAAACAAAUAUUGCGCAAAAAUACGCGCAACAGAGCGAAGAAGAAGCAGCAACAAUUUCGACUCUUUCAACGAAUUCCAAACGCUGGCCAGCAAAAAAAUAUAUCUAUAAAAAUACAUAUAAAAGUAUCUAACCAUAGAUUUUUUACCACUUUUUGCUGGCGCCAGUAAUUUGCAUAAUUAAAGCCGUCGUUCAGAUAGUGAAAUAAGAUAACGAGCUACAGCGGUGGUCAGCAUGAUUUAAAGCGGAGACAUAUUCCAAACACAGCGAAAGAUUUUGAUUGGAAAACAUGCAGGAGACAAACAUGGCUCAGCGGCAUAGGGAACCACAUGUGGCGCUGAACGAGACGCUGCUCAAGGAUCUGGAGAUCACGAGCAGCGACAUACAGGACUUUGUGAAGCUGCUCUUCGAUUUCCAGAAGAAGAAUCACUCGCAGCAGGACGAAUGCCAGGGCUAUUGCCAAGGUGAAAUCUACAACUGGCUGCGUGCGUACAAUGGCAUCCAUGGCUAUGUCUCGCUUUUGAUUUGCAUAUUUGGCACAAUUGCCAAUAUAUUAAAUAUAAUGGUGCUGACCAGAAGGGAAAUGGCCAAGGCGCCCAUUAACAACAUAUUGAAAUGGCUGGCGGUGGCGGAUAUGUUUGUCAUGCUGGAGUAUAUACCCUAUACGACAUAUCAGUACAUCUAUAUGAAGCCAGGCGAAAAGGACUUGAGCUACGCUUGGGCUGUCUAUUUGCUGGUCCAUAUGCACUUUACUCAGAUCCUGCACACAAUCUCGAUUGGUUUGACCGUGACGCUGGCUGUCUGGCGAUAUGUGGCAAUCAGACAUCCGAACGGCAGCUGUGCCAAUUUUCUGCUCGCACAUUCCAGAGAGGCGAUCCUCUUUCCCUUCAUCAUCUCGCCCAUUGUCUGCCUGCCCACAUACUUUGUGUUCAAGGUGCGCGAGACUCUCGAGGUGGAUACCAGAGAGCAUGAAGUCAUGUACCACGUGUACUUUGACGUCGAUUCCAUGCUGUUCAGAUUCAACUUUUGGAUACAUUCCGUGAUCAUCAAGCUGCUGCCCUGUUGCAUUCUUACUGUCAUUAGCCUUGUGCUAAUGCAUGUCCUGUGCGAGGCCUCACGGCGUCGCCUCAAGCUCAAGGACUACGACAAUCCCACCAAGUACGCCAUCCAGCUAAAUCUGAACGAGACCAAGUCCAGGCGACCGCCUCGCUGUGAUCGACGCAACGAUCGCACCACUCUGCUGCUGGUGGCCGUUCUGAUACUAUUCCUGGUCACGGAAUUUCCGCAGGGUCUGCUCGGUUUGCUGUCGGGCGUGCUGGAGAAGUGCUUCUUUGCCCAUUGCUAUCCGCCUUUCGGGGAGCUGAUGGAUCUGCUGGCGCUAAUAAAUGCGGCUGUGGGCUUUGUGCUUUAUGGCCUCAUGUCUAAACAGUUUCGCACCACCUUCAGAUCGCUGUUCUUCAAGCGGCACUUCGGCAGCAGCGAGAUGACACGCCUCACCCGGGUGACCACCACCUGUGUCUAGAAGCGAAUGCCAAGGCGUCGAAGGCGUCCGAUAACGACUCGGACGGAGGCUGAGACGUGCUUCGGGGCUGACUAGGAAGAUGGGUGAAAGAAGAACUUUGAAGUGGUGUGUGGGCAGCUCAAAGAGAUGCCUCUUGAAUUUCUAAAAAAAGAGAGUAAACUUUCAAAAAGUUGAACUGAUGAAACUGUGUGUGCCGGGUAAGGGUAUACCAAACUGUGACCUCUAUGCAGUUGAGCCGACAUUUUUGUAGGGUAUUAAGUGCCAUUUCCAUUUAGCAGACACAUAAAACGAGAGAUUUCAAAUGAAUUUUGCAGUGGUUUAUGAAUUAGAAUUUACUUUGUAACUGUUCCUUAGGCUUACCGAACAUAUACUAUACGAAUAUAUAUAUAUAAAUAUAUUAUAUAUAUAGAGUAUAUGAAUUUAUUUAAAUGUAAACUGAUCUAUUUACGAUUAAUAUGUCAUCUGAGAUAUGCGAGGAACGCCAGCGUUUAUUAACAUUAAUUAACUAAUUAGGAGUUGAAUACCAAUUUUUAUGCACACUUGAAAUAUAUAUGAGAAAAAACAAAACAAAUUAAAUUAAAUUAUUAAAAAAAAAAAACAUUAAUUUAAAAUACGAAAAAGAAUUUGCGUCAAGCGAACUUUGAGCCAGUGAGCCCCUGAUCUCAAUUGUUCGCUUGUCCAUUUGAACUUUUCUAUUUAGUGCUAAGCAGUAUAAAUAAUGCAUUAUUAUUAUUAUUAUUAUUAAUAUAUAAAGUAUAUAUUUAAAUUUAAGUAAAUUAUAGUAUUUAAGGUGCGCAGCUAAUGCAUAUUUAUUGGCUUCUUCAAUUUGUUUAUACGCCGCGCGAGCCAAAACUGAUUUUUAAUUGAGUUUGAACAAGUUCCAAUAAAUGUUCGAUGUGAGUUAAUU